UUGUGUGGCGUUACGGUUUGGCCUCCUCCAACAUAUAUGCAGUGAGGACGAACAACUGACUCAGUGCUUGACAGGCAACCAAGCUCUCAGCAUCUCCCAAUAAUUGACGCUGCACAAGGGUCAGAGGAAUCACCGAAGAGAGAAAGAGAGAGAGAGAGAGACAGAGGGGAAAAAAAAUUGUUUGAAAUUUUUUGAAAAAUGUCGAAAAAAAAAUCGCGCAAAUUUUUUUUUUUGUGAUCAACUAUAUUCGCAAGGAUCAGGAGGAUCAGAUAUUAUUUACCGAGAAUGGAUUAUUGAGACUCAGUGAUUUGUCAUCAGUGAAAAAGUGUAAAUUUUGUGAGAUGAAAACUUGAUAAGAUAACGAGUAAUUUUAAAUAAAACACUGUGUGGAAUAUGUUUAAUAGAAAUCGUCUGAUAAUGCCCGGCAAUAGCCGUCAAACUCUCUCGGAUAAAUCGAAAAAAAGUAACGGGAGCAGUAGCAAGAGUACAACCAGAAUAAGAGUAUCAUAUUAUCUGGAUUAUUGACUCGAGUAAUGAUGUUACCCCCUUGGUGGAUGAAGAAUCGAGGAUCAAGUGACACCCAAGUGAGGUUCACAAACUGAGGAACGAGACUAAACGAUAAACAAUUGCCGAAACUUGAAAUUUUUCCAAAUUGCAAUUAAAAGGGGGGAAAAAAAAUUGAGGAAAAAAAACGAGGCCCUGGCCUUGGCAUAAAAUGAUUACGAGGGGGCUCUUUCUCUUGUUGGUUGUCCUCGGGGCCUUUGAUUUGCCACCGUCGAGAGUUGUUACAUGGGCCAGUAUGGCUAUGGCUAAUAGUCCAAAUGGCGGUUGCAAUGCGUGCCGAAUGCACGAGGAGAUAAGGGCUAUGAGUUUAGAAGCUAUUAAGGAACAGAUACUUAAUAAACUUGGACUUAAGCAGGCACCCAAUAUGACGGGACGUGCACUACCAAGAAUACCGCCUAUAUCAAAGUUAAUGGACAUGUAUGGAAUGCAGGCUGAUCAGCCGUCAAGUGUUGAGCCUGGUAUUACACAUCAUGAGGAGAUUGAUGAAUUUUCAGCUAAAACUGAGAGUGUCUUUGCACUUGCACAACCUCAUCAAAAGCUGAGGCAUUCUAAAGGCAGUCUCGACGUAAUCUACUUCAAAUUCUCGGACAAAGUGAUCCAGCACCGAGUGACGCGAGCGGAGCUCUCGCUGUGGAUAUGGGGAACCCGAAGAGACGAGGACACCCUGGAUGACGACUCCAAGGAGGAGGACGAGAUCCUAGAGGAUGAUGAGGAGAGCCCGAGGGGUCCAGUGACGAUAACACUGCAGAGAAUCCUCCGAGGUACAUCUGAUAAUGGAACUCCCCUGCUGGGGCCACCUCUGACGACAAAGCACAUGCGACCUGUGGGUAAACGUGGCACCUGGGUGACCAUUGAACUCAGGCGAAUGGUCGCCGAGUGGUUCAAGCAUCCACGAGACAAUUUGGGUGUUGCUCUGAAGAUCACGAGUGGCAAGAGCGAUAGGAGGCACUCGUGGAUAGUGGAGACCAACCCUGGAGCUGAGUUUGCCCCAUAUCUUGAGGUGCAAACGCAGGAGUUGGAGUCAAGACGUGGAGCUAGAAUCAAGAGAAGUGUUGGACUGAAUUGUGAUGAGGCCACCCAGGAGACAAGAUGCUGUCGAUAUAAGCUGACAGUUGAUUUUGAAAAGUUCGGAUGGGACUGGAUCAUUGCACCCAAAAAAUACGAUGCAAAUUACUGCUCGGGUGAUUGCCCCAUGGCAUUUCUUCCAGUUUAUCCAAAUACUCACAUAGUGAGCCUAGCCGAGCCACCUAAUAACACAGGUCCCUGCUGUGCACCGAGAAAACUCUCCGAAAUAACAAUGCUGUACUUCGACAAUGAGUAUCAAAUUGUUUUUACAAGACUACCGGGAAUGGUUGUCGAACGUUGUGGCUGCUCAUAGCCUUAUCCAUACGAUCCCCUUCCACCCUCAUAAUUCAUCAUUUCGUUAUUUUUUUUAUGCAUUAUACAUUCUACAUGUGAAGAUCUACAAAUUUCAACAUUGAUUUCCUCAUCUUUAGCGUGAACACAAGCACUCAUGUCUCAACUUCUUGUCCUUUCGAGUAAAUAAUUCAUAUUUUUUAUGGAAAAACUAAAAUUUAUGCUAAAAUCCAAUUGAGGAUAGCCAAGUAUCAUUUCCGGUUGAAUUUCGUACGAAAAGUUUGGAAAUAAAUUAUGAAUAUUGCUUGUCACUUGAAUGGCCUUUUUAGCACCUCGUGAUUAAAAAAAAAAUCCUUCAUAAAUAAAUAAGUCAGGCAAAUUAAAGCUCCAAUGUCAGACAGCAAAAGUAGAACAUCAUUUGAUCCAUAAAAAAAUAAUCAAAGCACUUGGAUAUCCUCAAUUGAAAUUGAGAAGAAAAAAGAACAAUUCAGUUAUUUUUUAAAUAUUCGAAUAAUCACAAAGAAAAAUCCUAAUCGUGCCUUGACGACCUAUUGCCCCUGCCGAUAAUUUUUUCUCCCUCCCGCAAUCGACAAUUGAAUCCCCUCCACAAUUCAUUUAUUCCCAUUUCGUCGAUUAAAAUUGAUAAAUUCGGAGAAAGAAAGCGAUAACCCCUCGAACACAUCUUGGGGAAGAGAAAUUAUAAUAAAAAAUUGUAUGAGACUGGGAGGCACGAUUAUCAACUAUACCUACUAAUUAUAUAAUACUUAAAGAUAAUAGCAAUUUAAUCCUAGUGUUUCCUCGUUUAAAGAAUACUAGAAGAAUCAGUGCACCGUCAAUUAAUCAACCCAACGUAUUUCAUCAUUUUUUUUUUAAUUGAAAAAAAAGCAAACAAAUAGCUAUAACGAUGCAAUAUCAUCGGCAUCCUUCAGCUGUGAUAUAUACAUUAUGAACUAACUAAUGAUACAAUGGUCAAGCACUGCCGGAGGGCUAAUGAAAUAUGUAUACGAAUUAUUGGUCGAGCGGUUUAAUUAAUUAUCCAUCGAGUGAAUCAACCAAGUAGUGCCUUUCAACAAUGCGCAGAUGCUGUCUACGGCCAUUAACUGGAGAAAAACAUAUUUUGAGAUUGAAUAUUGAUGUCAUCGUUUAUAUUUCGAGUGGAAAAAUAAUGUUUUUCUAGUAUUUCAUGGGAGAAGUGGUGGUGAGGUGGGAAUAUUAAUUUUUUAUUCAGUUAGCGAUCGCUAUUCUAUGAGAGAAUAUUCCUGGAGAUAUAAUUAAGCUCAAAUCAGUAUUCCAGAUCUUAUUGAAACAAAAAUAUUAAUAUUUUUUCCCCCCAAAGUAUUGAUAUUUGUUCGGAAAAAAUAUUAGCCGAAUUAAUGUUGAAUAAUAUAUCCGAUAUUUCUUUAUUUCGUAGUGAAUAUUAAUACUCCGAAAAUAUUUUUCAAAUCAAUGUCGACCCAAAAUAAUAUUCUCGAAUAAUAAUCCCUGGAAGAUAUGAAUUGAUUGUCAAAUUCUCAAUAUUCUCACCGCAAAAUAUUUCUCCUCAUAAAUAUAUCUCCAUUAUUUCGAUGUAACAAUCGUAACUAAUACCUAAACGAAUCGAUUAAUCAUAAUAUAGCAUUAAAUUAUGAUACACCUAAGUCCUCUUAUAGACUGUAUAGAAUAGAUUAUCAACCCAAUGCGCAUUCAUCAUUUGUUCUCUCUCUCUUUUAUUUUCACUCGACACAUUUAUUGUGAAUGUUUAUUUAUAAAUAUGUUUUUUAACGCUAGGAUCACGCAUCCAGAUAUUAUUCUACUUUAACGAUAUUAAUGUGCGCAAAUAAUUUUAAGGGUAUUUUACGCUCGUGAAGAAAUUAGGGUUAAUGCUGUAAACGUAAUUUUCUCGGAUAUCCUGAUGAUAAGACGGGAAUGAUGUAGAUAAUAACACAAGUGAAUAUUUAUUUCAUAAAUAAAAAGGGUUUUUGAGAAAAUAUUAUCGUGAGCAUGAUU